UCCCGGCUGAGCAGGCGUGAAGUGGGGGACCCGCCUGGAUUUGUGAGACCCGCCGCACCCGCUGGCCCUGGCAUCUGCUGUGGCUGCGGGUGGAGUGGGACGGGAGGUUGGGCGGCAGGAGCGCCCGCGAAGCCGGCCCGCAGGGUCUUGCCCUGGGAAGAUGGCCUACUAUGGAAAAUGCAUUGAAACUGUCAUUGAGCAAUUGAACAAAUUUCAGCCUGAGAAGGACAGUCCUGAGCAGUUCCUGGAGGCAACGUCCACAGCCCUACAGACCCUGAGCCCCCAGAAGCAGGCAUUCAUUUUGGAGCUGCUGUCUGGGUGCCUCGAGUACCGGAAGCUGCUGGCCGUGGUGGUGGACGCCUUCUACGUGCGGGCCGGCUGGUUGUGCCCACGGGCCGACUACAGCCUCUUCCAGGUGAUCUGCUACCUGGCCAUGUUCCAGCUGCAGGAGCUUGGCUUUCAGCUCUUCUGUGACAUCGUGAGGGCCCAGCCCGUGGACAAAAUGCACAAGUUCCUCGGGUUCUUCUUCAACCCCUUAAACCUGUGCUCAUGGAUCAGGGAUGAGUGGAGCCUCAUCUAUGAGACCGCCCAUGUGAGAGAGAACUGGAUCGACCCCCUGAUGAGAUGGCAGCCGGAGGUCCAGGAGCUGAUCCACCAGCUGGAGGAAGUGAUGGCCAAUCAGCUCCCUCGUUCAAAGACCAAGGCCAGGGUCACAGAGCCCAAGGAGUUCAACCUGACUGUCCCCCGGCCCCGCGCCAUUCCGGUCCCCGAGCCAGUCCCUGUCGUGGCCAAGUCAAAACCAGUCCCCAGGAGCACCUACCAGCCACCCAAGGAGCAGCAGCUGUUGGAGAUGGCCAAGAGGUUUAAUCGCUGGAAGGCCGAGGAGCUGCUGCUGCAGGCAAACAUUGAGGAGAUGCGGUGUGCAGUGCCCCGGUCCCAGGGGGAGCCUCCGAUGCAGGCCUCUAAGAAGAAGCUGCAGCUCCGGCUCAUGCCCCAAAUCAUGAAGACCUCAAAGCUGACCUUCUACAAGCCCAGUGAGGUCCCGGUCAAGCUGAACACAGCUGCCAUCCUCCGAGAAGGGUCUCUGUACCAGCGGCAGGUGGAGAAAGAGCUGCAGAGGGUGGAUCAGCUUGUGGACGGGGCCGGGGACUUCUCUGAGUUCCUCGAGUGGCAAAAGAAGAUGCAGGCAAAGGACCGGGAGGAGGAGCUGACUGCAGGCGAGUGCCGGCGGCUGCUGGGCAAGCUGAGCCGUGAGGAGGCCAUCCUGGCCCGGCAGCACGUCACACAGGAGAACAAGCAGAAGGCCAACCAGAAGAAGGAGGAGACGGCGGAGCUGCUGCAGCAGUGCGCUGAGAGGCGCCUCCAGGAGGAAAAGUCCAUGAAGGAGCUGGUGGAGCAGGUGACAGAGGCGCAGAAGAACGUCAAGCUGGUGCAGAUGAAGCUCCUGAAGGACCGGAGGCAGACAGUUCAGGAGGUGAUGGAGGAGAGCCGGGAGCUGCUGCAGCGCAGCGCAGAGACAGCCAAGGAGGAGCAGAAGCGGCGCUGUGAGCUCAUCUCCCAACUUCGAGCCCUGGAGACCCAGCCUAUGCGCAAGGGCAAGCUCGUGGACCUGACCCAGAUCCCUGGGUAUGGCCUGGAAGGGGAGAUGUCUGUGGUGGAGCUUCGAGAGCGGCUGGCCCUGCUCAAGGAGAGCCAGCGGCGAGAGGAGGAAGAGAAGCGAGAUCAGAUCAUCCAGGGCAAGCGCGCGAGAAGCCAGGAACUGCAGAAUAGGGUGGAGCAGAUCUCGCUGUGCCGAGCGGCCAUGGGCAGGUCUGCAGCCCUGAGGUGGGAGGAGAAGAAAGCCCGCUCUGCGGCCCUGGGGGUGCCCUCCCAGGACGAGCGCGUGCUGGAGCUGCAGCGCAAGGUCGAGGAGAAGGCGGCGGAGCGCCGCCGCAAGCAGGCAACCCUGAAGCCGGUGCCGGUGCCGGCGCCGGCGCCGCGCCCCACGUGCACUAAGGCAUGGGUGAGCUCUGGGAGCGCGCGGGGUGGCUGGGCGCACAGUGAUGGCGGGGAGGUCGUGGACCCCGCGCAGGGGCAGUGGGGGCGACCCCGGCCCGCGCCGACCUCUCUUGGGGCGCUUCCGCAGGCGCACCUGGAGGAGCAGCACUGGCGGGAUCUGCAGCAAAGCCGCGAGCGCCGGCUGCGAGCGCUGCUGCUGAGCACCUCGGCCGCCGGGCACGGGCGCCGCCUGGAGGCCGCCUGA